AUGUCGACGCCAUUGUCGCCCUCUUCGGCUCCCUUCUCCUUCAACGCCAGAACGCCCUCGUCUGCCCGUCAUCGUGCCGUCAGCAACCUGUCGCAAAUUUCCCCGAAGUCGCCUCUCGUCACCAUGGAGGACUCCGCCGUCGAUUCGCCCAGCUCGCCCUUCAUAUCUCUUGUCGACCAGGAGAAUCUGCCGCCCCGCGCAGACUCUCAGAUGGACAAGACCGGGGAUUUGAAAAUCUUCGAUGACGAAAAAACAACCCAGUCUGUGCGGAAAGUGUCCGCCGACGUUCUUUCGCCCAUCAAGACAUCGCGCAUCAACAGCCGUUCGCCAAGCAAGCGUUUUUCUGUCGCUGAGCCGCAAUUCGAUACUGUUAGGUCUCCUCAGGCCGCUACGCCAAUUGAAGCCGAGCCUACCUUGCGCGACAACGAAGGGCUCACUAUGGCCAUUGACGCCAUGGAAACAGAGAAGGCGAAUGCAACCUUCAGCGACAUUUCCUACUACCACAAUCCGACCGAGUCCAUUGAUGACCAGUCCGAUGCAGACGAUAUCGACAACACCUGCUUCAGUACAUUUUCCGAGAUUCCGAACGCAGACAUGACUGCCUUCGCCCAGCUUGGACACAAGAGUCCGACGAAGCAACUUUUCGCAAACGUAAAGACCCCUCGAAAGACCCCGGGUACUCCGGGCACUGCUCGCAAGCGCGAGUACCACGGUUACGACAGGUCUCCUUCCCCGACCCCACGUCGCCACAAGAGUCCGACUGUACAGGAGAGGGAUGGCGACACAACGAACUUGCUCUUGGACUUCACUGAGCAAUUUCACGCUUUUUCCGGCUCAAGUCGCAGGUCUCCUACCAAGCGCCACUCGCCCUCGAAAUCCACUGGCGGCGAAGCGAGCUUACGAAACUUUUUGAACAACCAGCGCUCGCCCGCAAAGAAUGCUGCCGAGCCAUCCACUCCCCGGAGACAGAGCAACCUUAUGAACCUCCUCGACUUUGAACUUCCCCCGAUGCCGACCCCGAGGUCCAUCCCUACCAUCACCGUGCGCGAGAUGGAGUCUAUGAAGUCCAAUUAUCAGUCGCAAAUAUCCUCCCUCACGGCUACGCUCAGCGGCCGUGCUGCCGAAGUCGAGAGUCUGAAGAAGGCUGUCGCCGACGCUGAGCGCAGGGUUGGUGAGGCGCAGGAGCAAGUUCGCGAAGAGACGGCUGCCCGCGAACACGCCGAGAGGGAAAAGUCCGAAUGGGAGAGACGUGGCGUAGAGGUCGAGGAUGUCCUUCGCAGCAUCCGUGAAGAAGUUUUCAAGAGCGACAAAGAGCGCGAAGAGCUUCUUCGCAAGCUCGAAGAGAGUGAUCGCAGGGCCGAAGAGGCGGAAGCACGCGCUGCAGAGACCGAGACGCGGGCUCUCGAAGCCGAGAGCAAGGUUGUUGAUCAGAGCAUCAUGACAACUGCUGAUAGUGGCGAUAACAGCCCGCGCUACACUGCUGAGGAGGUCCAGCGGCAGAUCGACGAAAAGGUCGCGACACUGUGCCGUGAGCUACACGUCGUGUACAAGAAGAAGCACGAGACGAAGGUCGCAGCGCUAAAGAAGUCCUACGAGUCGAAGGCUGAGAAAAAGCACGUUGAACUUACACACAAGGUCGAAGAACUCAGCAAGCAGAUCGAGCAUCUUCAAUCCCGCAGAAACGACACUCUCUCAGGAUCCCUGCCUGAAGGCUUCGACCCUCGCGCUGCCGCCAACCGCGAGGCAGACCAAAAGCGCCUCGAGGAACAGAAGUCCGAACUUGAGGAGCAGAAGACUCGUCUCGCAGGCUUGGCGGGUGAGAUCGAGGCUGCCCGUGCCGAGCGUACUCAGCUACUGCAGGAGCUCGAGAACGAGCGCCGCGAGAAGGGCGAGCUGGUGGCUGCUGUGGAUGAGAUGCUCUCAUUGCAAGCCACGGAAGCUGCCACGCCCCGACAACAGGCGGUGGUUGAGGACUUCCGCCGCAGUGUAAGUGGUGCCAGUUCCACGCCAAGAGGCAGGCCCGACAACAGCGGCCCCUCAGACUUCCGCAGCAGCGGCAUCGGCAAGCCGUCCGGUCUUCGCGGCCCUGGCUUCGGUUUCGGCGGCGGUGCUGCUGGCGAGAGUAGGAUCGGCAGGGGAGUUGGUGCAUCGGGCGUGAACAGGAGUGGAGGUGUGCCGAAGAGCAGAAUGAUGUCAAACAUCGAGCGGAUGGGAAUGAGUGGCAGGGGGCAGGAGUAG